AUGUCCUACAAACCCAUCGCCCUCGCCCCCAGCAGCACCCCUGGGCCCAGCACCCCGGUCCCUACAGCCGGAAGUGUCCCAUCGCCGUCGGGCUCGGUGCCAGGAGCCGCUGCCCCUUUCAGACCACUGUUUAACGACUUUGGACCGCCCUCCAUGGGCUAUGUGCAGGCAGUGAAACCACCUGGCGCCCAGGGCUCCCAGAGCACUUACACCGACCUGCUGUCGGUCAUAGAGGAGAUGGGCAAAGAGAUCCGGCCCACCUAUGCUGGCAGCAAGAGCGCCAUGGAGCGCCUGAAGAGAGGCAUCAACCAUGCCCAGGCCCUAGGCAGAGAGUGCCUGGCAGAGACAGAGUGGAACGCCCGCAUGCAACAGGACUCGACUCCGUCUCAGCAUCUGGACCUUUCCUGGCCACUGCAGAGCACCUGCUUCUCCCUGGCCUUCACCCUGAGUUGCACUUCCCAUCCUGGGCUUCCUGUCCUGUGUCCUUUGGUGGGUGCCCUCCAGGAACCAGUGGGCGGCUCUCACUCCAGUCGGCAGCACUAACUGGAAACCCCCAAAAGAGUUAGCAGCGAGGUCACUGUGAAUCCCACCCACGACCUGCCAACAG